AUGGUAGACCUCGCACUUAGCACAAGUUUAGGUAGGCUUAUCGCCCUUAGGCUAUUCGUCUUCGAUACCGCCCUAAAAAGUGCCUUUAGAGAGUGUUGUCGUAUUUUUAGUGCCACUCGAGAAGAUCUACUAGGACUACAACGCUCCGGCCCGAAGGUCGGGGUAGUAACCACAAGUAUUUCCAGGAAUAUAAGUGCUUUUGUUCUAGGUAACUUUAAUAUAGCCUAUAACUUAGGGGAUGAAAAUAGUAAUAGUCACCGCCUAGACGUACCUUUAGGAAAUAUACCUUAUACUAUUAACGCUAUCGAAGCUAUAGAGGACUAUCGCGAUCUUGUUCUUCUUCGUUAUCGACUUAUUACCAGAAAAUACUACGACCCUAUUCUGGUGUCGCGGAUAGUGAUAUUAGCUUUAGAAACUCUCUACCCCGAUAGACUUAGCUUUGUCUUAGAUUAUGGAUUAAUCGAUAGUUUUGGCGGUCUGGAUAGUCUCUACCCCUCGUGCGGAUACUAUAACCGCUCUAUUACUUUCUUGACCCACUAUCUAGAAUUAGCUCUAAAAAGCGUUAGAGGAUUAGCGGCUUCCCGGAGAGUGUGGUAUCGUUUAUUUCACAAUAAGGCCUACAGUCUUCGUUUAGUUAAGAUAACCAUAGAUAUCCCUACUAACAACCUUACUAGAGCUAUAACGUGA